AGUGAAGUCGUUCACGUGAAAAGUUCAAAUAUGCUGCUUUUCCUCUAUAUUCUCUUCGUUAUUGGCAGUGGAAUCUACUUUUUUCUAACAUGGAAUUACAAGCAUUGGGAGAAGAGAGGAAUUCCCUCUCCUGAACCCAAAAUAUUGUGUGGAAAUCUCCAGGGCGCAGUGUUCGGGAAGAAACAUGUUGUUUAUGAUUUUGACCGAAUCUACAAGAAUUACAAAAAUCAAUACUCUUUCGUGGGAGUCUACAGUUUGAGACAACCGCAGUAUUUGAUAACCGAUGCAAGAACUGCCAAAGAUAUUCUUAUCACCAAAUUUAAAAGCUUCCAUGAUAAUGAAGUAGCUGAUAUGAGUGACAAGAAAAAAGAUCCAAUUCUUGUAAGUCAUCCUUUUAUGGUGAAGGGUGAGGAAUGGAAGGAGAAGAGAAAUGAAAUGACACCGGCUUUUACUCGUCUUCGAAUCAAAGCUAUGUACUCUAUCUUCCAGGAGACUGCUGAACACCUCAAGAUGGCUCUCCUUCGUGCAAAUGGGGGUACUAUUGAUGGUUAUGAAACGUGCGCACAUUACGCGAUAGACGUAGUUAGUAAUUGCAUUUUUGGCAGAGAUGCUGGAGCUUUGUCCAAUGGAAAAUCCAAAAUUCUAGACAUGGGAAGACAAUUUGUUUUUUCCACAAGAUUCUUGUUGUACUUUAUGGCAGUUCAGUUUUUGCCGAGUCUCAAGAAAAUCUACAAAUUCUCCGCAGUCGGAAAAGAUGUUGAAGAGUUCUUCUUAAAUGAAAUGAAAGAUGCCAUCGCUUUGCGUUUGAAAAAUCAAAAUAAGCGCAAAGAUCACCUAAACUACCUUCUUGAUCUUCGUGCAAAGAAGAAUCUAAGUGAUUUCGAUAUGGUGGCUCAUGUUGUUCUAUUCAUAGUGGAUGGAAUUGAUCAAACUGGCACAGUCCUCACACUAAUCCUUUAUCAGUUGGGAAAGAACAGAGAGAUUCAAAACAAACUAAGAAAAGAAAUAAGGGAAACUAUUGAGCAGCAUGAAGAGAUAACUUUCGAUGUAGUUCAGGAAAUGCCGUAUCUUGAGCAAGUUGUCUCUGAGACACUUCGUUUGCAUCCUCCAGCAGUUUUCUUGAGUAAAAUAUGCACAGAAACUUGCGAAUUACCAUUAAACAACUCCAAAAUGGGAACAUUUGAGGAAGGCUACAGCGUAAUCAUACCCAUUUACAGCAUCCACCGCGAUCCAAGAUACUACGAAGACCCCGAUAAAUUCAUUCCCGAAAGAUUUGCCCCCGAAAAAGGAGGAACAAAAGUUUACAGAGAUAAAGGGGCUUUCAUUCCUUUUGGUGAUGGGCCAAGAAUGUGCAUAGGGAUGAAAUUUUCUGAAGCUAUGCUAAAAGCAGCAAUUUUUGCUGUUGUAAAAGACUUGGAGAUUGAUGUUGAUCCCAAAACAUCAGAUACACUUGAACUGAAUCCAGUGGAAAUUAUUCCAACUGUUCUUGGAGGAAUUUGGUUGAAAUUUAAGGAAAUUAAAAAAUAAAUUCCUCGUUACUGAUAUUAGUGCUGUUUUACUUGCAGACCAUCAAUACAUUUUAUCGAGUAUUUUAAAGAAUAUUCUCAAUUCUGAAGAUUUUUAUUCU